AUGGCAAUUCCCACAAUAGAAGAAUUGAAGAAGGAAAAAAUAAUACCCAAUAUAUUCCCAAAUGAAGAUAUAAAUUUAAGUGUAGAUAUUUUUAUAAGCUUUAAAGCAGGAAAGGAAGUAAAAAACGGGAAUAUAUUAGAUAUUUCUGGAACUGGAAGUGUACCAAGAAAUGUUCGAUUUUCCGAAGCUCCACCAGAUGGUUAUUGCUUUGUUUUAUUUAUGAUUGAUCCCGAUUUUCCUUCACGAAAAAGACCAGAUGGAAGUGAAUAUAUUCAUUGGGCUGUUUCAGGUAUAAAAUCUAAAGAAUUAUUAAAAGGAACAGAAAAAAAUUGUAUAACAUUAUUGCCAUAUAAUGGUCCCUCUAUAAAAAAGGGUACAGGCUUACAUAGAAUUAGUUUUAUACUGCUAUUAAUAAAAGAAGAGUAUAAAGAUAAUAUAACCGGUAUACCAAUAUAUAGAGGAGAAAAUUAUAUAACCAGAGUAAAAUUUAAUAAUUAUAAUACUUCUUAUAACAUUGCACAAAUAAAUGAUAUGCAAAUUGUAGGAUUUAAUUGGUGUCAAAUAGAGUCAUAA